AUGGCUCUCGAAGAAGGUGUUCGACAUAAAUCAGGUCCACUAAAACAACAGAAUAAAACACACAAACAUGGGCGGCACAGGAGCAAGAGCGAGAUCGAUAAGACUAACAAAGGCCGUGUGGGAAUCAAAGUGAUUUCAAAGAAAGUUCGCCAAGCUGUUGGAAAAGCCAAUCGUCGACACCAGGCAAAACAGAUAAGAGAGAAAAGAAGAGAGGAAGUACUGGAGCAAAAGAGAAAAACUGGAAAGCAAGGAAGCCCUCCUCAUCUUAUUGCAAUUGUUCCUCUGUCAUCCAGCUGCAAUGUUGACCAAGCUGUUAAACUACUCACUGAGUGUGAUGAUGAUGGCUUCCUGUAUUCCACAAGAAAUACUGCCACCCUGGUUUCUCAGCAACUGAAGCAGCGAUUUUCUUUUCUUCCGCUGAUGUACGGGGACUUGUAUGCAGCUUUGGAUGCAGCAAAGGUUGCCGAUUCUCUUCUAUUUCUUCUCUCUGCUACUGAUUCACUAGAUUCAUUUGGUGAGAAAUGUCUUUCAUGUAUAUUUGCACAAGGAUUACCAACAUCUUUCCUCGGGGUUCAGGGUCUAGAUGAAGUGCCUUCAAAGAAACGAAAUGAUCAGAAGAAACACAUACAAAAGAUUAUAGAAAAGAGAUUUCCAAGGGAUAAAAUUCAUAACCUUGAUUCCUCACAGGAUGCUCUUGUAGCACUGAGAUUAAUAUCCAAUCAGCAUCAAAGAGUCAUCCAUUUCCGCGAUAUACGUCCCCAUCUGCUAGCUGAAAGUACAGCAUUUGAACUAAACAGUGAGGUUACAGAUGUCCCCAGGGGUACCCUGAAGGUGUGUGGUUUUGUCAGAGGGAAGAACCUUUCUGUGAAUAGGCUGGUUCAUCUACCGGGGUAUGGAGAUUUUCAAAUGUCACAGAUUGAUGCACCUCCUGACCCAUUCCCGUGGCAGAAACGAAAAAAGUCAUCAGUUACCAAAGGGGAAUCAAUGGCUGUGGACACCGAAGAAGGAACAACUUCUAUGGAUGAAGACAUCAAGCUUAUAGCUCGAGCUGACGCAGCUUUUCAGGAAUCGCUGCAGUCGGAAGUUGAGCCUGACCCGAUGGAAGGAGAACAAACCUGGCCAACAGAUGAAGAGCUGAGGGAAGCUGAGGAAGCUCAUCAAGAAAAGAAAGUUGCAAAGAGGGUACCCAAAGGAACCUCUGACUACCAAGCUACCUGGAUCACAUAUAGUGAUGAUGAAGAAGCCCCAGAUGGUGACGAGAACGAUGAAGAUGAUGAUGAGUUUGAGGAAGAAAUGGAAGGCAGUGAUAGUGAUCAUUCCAUGCACAACGAAGACGAAGAGUACGAAACAGUGAGCGUCGCAGCUACCGAGACGGAGGACAGUAAAUACGAUGAAGAUAUCGAUGUUGAUGAAGAAAGAGACCAGUUGGAGAAAAUUCGAGCGGAAAGGGAAAAUGAAAUGUUUCCUGAUGAAAUGGACACACCAGUGGAUCAACCGGCACGCGUUCGAUUUCAAAGAUACCGCGGUCUAAAAAGUUUCCGUACAUCGCCUUGGGAUCCGAAGGAAAAUCUUCCAUCGGAUUAUGCGAGAAUUUUCCAGUUUGAGAACUUCAAACGAACAAAGAAACGAGUCCUGGAGGAAGAUGAGGUGGAUGGUGCACAGGUAUACCUCUUAAUGGUUCUUAAAGCAAUUGUAGACUCACUAUACCCCAGUUCUCCUUUGGUGAUAUUUGGCCUUCUUCCACACGAGCAAAAGAUGUCCGUGGUCCAUUUUGUACUUAAGAGACAUCCAACAUUCAGCGAGCCUGUGAAAUCCAAGGAAAGACUGAUAUUUCAUUGUGGCCACCGAAGAUUUACAGCGUGCCCCAUUUAUUCCCAGCAUACAUCGGGCGAUAAACACAAGCUUGAACGUUUUAUGCCUCAAGAAGGAGCAUUUGUGGCGACGCUGUACGCACCCAUUAUGUUUCCUCCAGCACCGGUUCUCGUGUUUACACAGGAUAAACACACAAGUUGUCAUACCCUGGUAGGUACAGGAUCAUUGUACAAAGUCGAUCCGGACAGAAUUUUAGCUAAAAAGAUUGUGCUCAGUGGACAUCCUUUCAAGAUCAACAAACGAUCAGUAGUUCUUCGGUACAUGUUCUUUAGUAGGGAGGAUAUUCAUUGGUUUAAGCCCGUGGAACUUUUCACCAAAUACGGGAGAAGAGGUCAUAUCCGGGAACCUUUAGGUACACAUGGACACAUGAAGUGCGUUUUCGACGGAAUGAUCAAAGCCCAAGACACUGUUUGUAUGAACCUGUAUAAACGGGUUUUCCCAAAGUGGACAUAUGAGCCUGCAAUAUUACCACCUCCCGUGGAAACACCUCAGGACAAAGAAGAUACCAUGGACACUUAAACACUGAAAACUGACCAGUUUUCGGUGACUGGAGUUUUCCUUCAAUUGACUUUUACAAGGAAAUAAUAACCCUAUAUUUUCCGGCUUUUCUUAAUCAUGAAACACGAUGUCCUACCAAUGUUUCGAAGACUGGAACACGUUUCUGGUAUUUCUUCCUGUGAAUUUGUGCCAGUCUCCUUACAAAUUCAAUACUUUUAAUGGUCUUUUAGGAUCACCACUUUCUUCCAGAACCGCGUUCUUCACCGAUAAAUGAAUUUAAUCACGUUAGAGUCUGUGGGUGAGUACAAAUGAUGGAAUAAUCUUUACAGAUGAGCGGCAAUCUAAGAAGUUGCAGAAAAAGAAGCCUGAAAAAAAUUUGGUUCGACGCGUUUUUCCUUGAAUUGUUGCAAAGAAAAAAAGGAGACCGAAAUGAAAGGAAAAAAUACAGCGCACAACCGUGGUGACAUUGGCACGUUCUACACUUUUACAAGUCUGUGCGAUAGCAACCACGAGCUUGAUAAGUUAUUUGGAGCCAUUAAUCCUCGCAGUGGUACUGUAAUUAAUAAUGGAGUAAGAGUUGAUGAUAAAAAUGACUGAAAAAAGGCCCUUGCUUAUAAAACCAAUUUACUGGCUAAGAGAAUUUUGAAAUGCGUCAAUUUUUUACGUCUUACUUGUGAUGGCAAUUUUAUAAUUUGAUAUUUUAACAAUCUUGUGUUAAUCCAAAUUAUUUUACCCCGGACUGAUCAGGUUCAACUGUUGUGAAAUGCUGAUAAGAAUGAUAGUAAUCACAAUAAAACAGAUAUGAGAUUGACAAGAAAUUAUCUAAAAUAUUAUUACAUCCUCAAAACUA